AUGAUUGCCAAGUCUGUUCUCGCAAUUACUGCCCUUGCUGGCGCUGCUUAUGCUGCCACCGGCGAAACUGUCACUGCCUCCGGCCUGGCUGUUACUACCAUCAACGAUGAGGAUGGUAUUGGUGCUGGUGUCGACUCCUACACUUUUUACCAGGGCGAUGGUACUACCGCCGAUGGUUGGCCGUCUACUGAUGACUGGGUUUCCUUCAGUGAAAUGUUCGAAGCCAACACCGCAUCCAUGCUCGUCGGCUGCGCUCAGUACGGUGUCACCGAUGACUCCACCGACGAAAUCGACAACAUCCAAACCGCCAUCGAAGCCAUCGCCGCCGAAACCUACGUCGACCACCGUUUUAUCCUAGCCAUUAUCAUGCAGGAAUCUACCGGAUGCGUUCGCGCACCCAGCUCAAUCGGUUCCGUGACCAAUCCCGGUCUCAUGCAAGACCACGACGGAGCCUCCACCUGCAACGAUGGAAGUACCGUUCAGAGUCCUUGCCCCGAGAGCGAGAUUGAGGGUAUGAUCAGUGAAGGAACUGCCGGAACAGAGACCGGUGAUGGCCUCGCAAACUGCCUCAACGAGGCCAAUGCCACUGGUGCUGAAGCUUUCUACCGUGCCGCUCGUAUCUACAACUCCGGCUCUGUCGAUGCUUCUGGUGACCUUGGUGUUGGUGUUGGUACUCCUUGCUACGCAAGUGACAUUGCCAACCGUCUCACUGGCUGGGUUAGCGCUGCCAGCAGCUGCACCCUUUAA